CCUACUAGCUUCUUCAGACUCCUGAUAAUCAGACACGAACUCUUGUUUCGCCGACCGGAACUAACUCCGAGACAACAAAGUCACUACAAAGUUUCAUUAUUUCAUCAGACAAACAAAGCUUAUUAUCUUCCAUGGCAGCUCCUGAUGCUUCUACUGCCCUUGCAGCGAGGGAGAAAGUUCAGCAGUUUCUAAAUGCAUCUAUUACUGGAAACCUUGAGUUCCUUAAGAAUGUUGCUAAGCAGCUUGAUGAAGGAAAAGGCUUGAAGCAAACUGUGGAGAGUGUCAAAGACGCAAACAAACGCGGCGCGCUUCACUUCGCCGCAAGGGAAGGACAAACUGAGGUUUGCAGAUACCUCUUGGAAGAGCUGAAACUGGACGCCAACACAAAAGAUGAAGCUGGGGACACUCCACUUGUUCAUGCUGCGAGGCAAGGACAGGUUGAUACGGCUAAGUAUCUUUUAGACCACGGAGCUGAUCCUAACAUCGCAAGUGAGCUAGGAGCUACUGCAUUGCAUCAUGCAGCUGGGACAGGGAACAUUGAGUUGGUAAAGGAACUGCUUUCUAUAGGUGUUCCGGUUGAUUCUCAAAGCGAGUCUGGCACGCCGUUAAUUUGGGCUGCUGGCCAUGACCAGAAAGAUGCAGUGCAAGUCUUGUUAGAGCACAAUGCCAAUCCUAACGCUGAGACAGAAGAUAAUGUCACGCCACUGUUAUCUGCAGUAGCAGCUGGCUCUGUGGCAUGCGUAGAGCUCUUAGUCAAGGCAGGUGCCAAGGCUAAUGUGUUUGCUGGUGGUGCAACUCCGUUGCACAUUGCUGCUGAUAUUGGAGAUCUUGAGUUAAUCAACUGUUUACUUAAAGCUGGAGCUGAUCCUAAUCAGAAAGACGAGGAAGGGAAUACGGCAUUGGAAGUUGCAGCUUUAAGAGAGAACAGAAAGAUUGUUGAGACUCUCUUCCCCUUGACAACAAAACCUGAAUCUGUUUCAGACUGGACAGUAGAUGGAGUUCUUGCUCACAUGGAAUCAAACAAAGCACAAGAGGAGAAUAACUCGGACAAGGCCAAAUCUGGAGAGAGUGGGAUCGUCAAGAAAGACCUUCCUGAGGUCUCACCAGAAGCAAAGGCUAAAGCAGCAGAAGCUAAAGCAAGAGGACAAGACGCUUUCCAUAGAAAGGAUUACCAGAUGGCCAUUGACGCCUACACACAAGCUAUUGAUUUUGACCCUAUGGAUCAUACGUUGUUCUCAAACCGAAGCAUCUGCUGGUUGCGGUUAGGACAAGCUGAGCAUGCCUUAUCUGAUGCUAAAGCCUGCAGAGAACUAAAACCUGAUUGGCCUAAAGGUUGUUUCAGAGAAGGGGCUGCUCUUCGUUUGCUACAGAGGUUUGAUGAAGCAGCCAAUGCUUUUUAUGAGGGAGUGUUGCUAAGCCCUGAAAGCAAAGAGCUCAUUGAUGCUUUCAGAGAAGCUGUAGAUGCUGGAAGGAAGUUUCAUGGCAAGGACAAGAUUACAGACAAAUCAUAAGAUCUUCUGAGAGAUGUGUCUAUUUAUUUUAGUAUCUGUAUGAAGUUUUGGCCUGCUUCUUACCUUUGGUGAUUUGGUCUUCUCCUUAUGGAGCUGUCUAUUUCUUACUUAAAUGUGCUAAAAACUUCA